CUGAUCUUUUCAUACCUUCUAGCUCAUUCUCUCUCUCUCUCUCUCUCUCUCAAAUGAUCAAACGCAGAAAUGAACGAGCAGAUUGAGUUCAUUUGAUGGAUGAUACGUAACAAUCUCUCUGUCACCUUUACUCUGUUUAUCUUUUUCAGUAUACAAUCUUCAUUCCUGAAAGGUGUUAGUGAAGGAAGGGAGAAAUGGAGGCUAGAUUCUUCGUUUUUCUCUUCUUUUCUUUUCUUCUCAUUUGGAUUAAUUCCGCCUCUGCUCAGUUACCAGGUUUUGUAAGUUUUGAUUGUGGUGGUGUGUCCAAUUUCACUGAUGAAAUUGGGCUACAGUGGAGUCCUGAUCAGCUUACAUACGGGGAGACAAAAAAUAUUUCUGUAGCAAAUGAAACUAGGAAUCAGUACCAGAGUCUGAGAUACUUCCCUGCUGAUGACAGAAAGUACUGUUACAUGCUUAAUGUUGUUCCUAGAAGGAGAUAUCUUGUUAGGGCUACUUUCUUGUAUGGUAACUUUGAUAAUAAUAAUGUUUAUCCUAAAUUUGAUAUUUCCCUUGGUGCAACUCGCUGGGCUACCAUUGUCAUCUCUCAUGCUAACACAAUUGAUGUCGAAGAGCUUAUUUUUCUGGCUCUUGAUUCAACCAUCAGUGUGUGCUUAUCCAAUGCUACAACUGGGCAGCCAUUUAUAUCUACACUUGAGCUUAGGCAGUUCAAUGGUUCAGCCUACCUUACUGAAUUUGAGAACGAUUAUUAUCUCAGUGUAUCUGCAAGAAUCAAUUUUGGGGCAGAAAGUGAAGAUCCUAUCAGGUAUCCUCAUGAUUCAUUUGAUAGAAUAUGGGAAUCAGACUUGGUUAAGAAAGCAAAUUUUUUAGUUGAUGUUGCUGUGGGAACUGAAAGAAUUUCAACCAAGAUGCCAAUUGAAGUUAACAAUGUUGAUGAAAAACCGCCUCAGAAAGUGAUGCAAACAGCAGUUGUUGGGACAAAUGGUUCAUUGACCUACCGAAUGAAUUUAGAUGGUUUUCCGGGUUUUGGUUGGGCAUUCACAUACUUUGCGGAAAUUGAAGAUUUCGGCUCAAACGAGUCUAGAAGAUUUAGAUUGCUUCUCCCCGGCACGCCAGAUGUCAGCAACUCAGCUGUUAAUAUUAAAGAAAAUGCUCUUGGGAAAUAUCGUGCAUAUGAACCUGGUUUCGAAAAUAUAACACUGCCCUUCGUAUUGUCUUUUAAAUUUGGCAAGACCGCAGAUUCUACAUUGGGACCUCUACUUAACGCCAUGGAAAUAAAUAAGUAUGUCAAGAAGAAUGGUGGUUCUCUGGAUGGACCGGCAAUUGCUCUCGUUGUGCAACAAUACUCUUCAACAGAUUGGGCAAAUGAAGGCGGUGAUCCAUGCUUGCCAGUUCAAUGGUCCUGGGUGGAGUGUAACUCAGAUCCUCAACCUAGGAUAACAAAAAUUAAAUUAUCUGGGAAGAACAUAACGGGAAAUAUUCCAGACUUGACUAAUUUGAGUGGGUUGGACGAGUUAUGGCUUGAUGGAAAUUCACUGACUGGCACGAUAUCUGAUUUUACUGCAUUAGUGAACCUAAAGAUCAUUCAUUUAGAGAACAAUAAUUUGAUUGGGGAGCUGCCUUCCUCAUUAUUUGAUCUGCCAAAUCUUAGGGAGUUGUACGUGCAGAAUAAUAUGUUAAGUGGAAAAGUAUCAUCACAUAUUUUGGACAUGAAUAUUGUUUUCAACUACACGGGAAAUGUUAAUCUUCAUAUAGAGUUAAAGAAAAACAACAAGAAAAUUAUCAUUGGAUCAUCAGUUGGGGGUGCUGUUUUGCUUGUUGCUAUUGUUGUUUCAUUCAUAAUAAUUCUCAAAGGAAAAAAGAAAGGUCCUACGCAAGAUAGAUUUGAACAAGGUCCACCCCCUCAAAGAUUAGGUUCCUUCAUGAGCCCUAAUAGCACUGAGACUGCACAUUGCUAUACAUUUUCUGAACUUGAAGAUGCUACAUCCAAUUUUGAGAGAAAAAUUGGCUCAGGAGGUUUUGGAGUUGUGUACUAUGGAAAAUUGAGAAAUGGAAAGGAGAUUGCAGUGAAAGUUCUGACGAGUAAUUCCUAUCAGGGGAAACGUGAGUUUACGAAUGAGGUAACACUUCUUUCAAGGAUUCACCAUCGGAACCUUGUACAGUUUCUUGGCUUUUGCCAAGAAGAUGACAAAUGUAUUCUUGUUUAUGAAUUUAUGCACAAUGGGACUCUUAAAGAACAUCUCUAUGGACCUCCUCAUGGAGGGAGUAUCAACUGGAUCAAGCGCCUUCAGAUUGCUGAAGAUUCUGCAAAAGGGAUCGAGUACCUUCAUAAUGGCUGUGUUCCUUCAAUUAUCCACAGGGAUCUGAAAACUAGCAACAUUCUUCUAGACAGAAAUAUGCGAGCCAAAGUCUCAGAUUUUGGUCUAUCCAAACUUGCUGUUGAUGGGGCUUCUCACGUGUCUAGCAUUGUUCGAGGGACUGUCGGAUAUCUUGACCCCGAGUAUUAUAUCUCUCAACAAUUGACAGAUAAGAGCGAUGUUUACUCGUUUGGUGUUAUCCUUCUAGAGCUAAUAUCUGGUCACGAAGCAAUUUCCAACGAGAGCUUUGGUGUUAACUGUCGUAACAUAGUCCAAUGGGCAAGAUUGCAUAUCGACAGUGGGGAUAUACAAGGAAUAAUCGAUCCCUUAUUACAUGGUGAAUAUGAUAUUCAAUCGAUGUGGAAAAUAGCAGAGAAAGCAUUGAUGUGUGUACAGGCUCAUGGAAAUAUGAGACCAACAAUGUCGGAGGUUAUAAAAGAGAUUCAAGACGCCAUUUUAGUAGAACGUGGGACAGACACAGUUAGAGAAGGAAACUCAGACGAUAUGUCGGGUCAUUCUUCUUCCUUAAACAUGGGUGGUUCAUUGGACCUUGGUGGUGUGGGUGAACAUUACUUGUCCAUUGACGAAUCACUUACACAGCCAUCUGCUCGCUAGUGCUAGUUUAAUCGGUUUGAACGAUUUUUUUUUGUUAAAUAACUCUUUCUCUGUUACAUUUGCAUUCAACUAUGGUUUUUCUGAAAUUUUUUAAGGGUAUAUUUCCUGCAUAUAUUUGUAUUACAUUCUUACACCAAUGGAUGUUUUCAUUCUUUCCCUGAUUUUGGUA